UUUCCGUAGUCAUACGACGAACGCCUCUCCACCUCAGGAAACCUGGUGGUAACUGAGUAACUACUGAGAGGUUGAAGAUACUGUUGCAAACUUGCCUUUGGUCGGUAUUUGGUUUGUCACAUCAGCAACUAAUUAAAGGAAAGGCUUUGUGUCGGAGCGCUGCAAGCUCCGUCUUUACAGUAGAAGAAUGGAGACUGAGUUCACGAAAGACCUUUGCACUCCAGCAUUCACAGUUGACUUGGACACAGUCAAGAGGAACGCCAGAGUGAUGCUGGAGCGAUUUGAGAAGCUUGGGGUACAACUGCGCCCACAUAUGAAAACACACAAAACGGUAGAGUGUGCGGACAUCAUGACCGGUGGGUCUCGCCGCUGCAUUGUGGUGUCCACUCUGGCGGAGGCGUCGUUUUUCGCCGACCGCGGCUACGACGACAUCCUGUACGCGUAUCCGCUGCCCUUCGACAAGGUGGAGCGCUGUGCUCAGCUGUCGGAGCGGCUGGACCUCUUUCAUGUCCUGGUGGACAAUAGCGCCGCCCUAGAGGAGCUGCGGAAGAGGCCGCUGAAACAGGGCAAAUCCUGGCACGUCUGGAUGAAGCUGGACUGUGAUAACGGCAGAGCGGGCAUCCCCCAUUCUGAAGCCAGGGCUUUGCGGCUGGCCAAGGACAUUGCGGAGACAGCGGGCGUUAAUCUGACGGGAGUGUAUGCCCAUUGCGGCAACUCGUACGGGUGCCAGGGGGAGGAACAGAUCAGAGCUGUGGCUCAGGAAACCACCACACUCACGCUACACUUCAUGGAGAAGCUUAAAGCAGCUGGGAUACGUGGGGUUAAGUCCAGCAUAGGCUCCACCCCCUCCUGCAGCCACCCAAUCUCUGACAUGGCCAUGCUGAGUGAGGUGCAUCCUGGGAAUUAUGUCUUCUACGAUGUGCAGCAGUCUCUGAUUGGCUCGUGCAGCCUGAAGGACGUGGCCGUGCGCGUGUUGACUCGCGUGAUUGGUCACUACCCUCACAGGAAUCAGCUGCUGGUGGACUGUGGUUGGACAGCCCUCAGCCACGACGGUGGCGGGAAACUGCCCACGGGGUAUGCUGUCAUUGAGGGUCAUCCUGAACUCAAACUGCUGUCCAUGACUCAAGAGCAUGGGCGAAUAGAGGCUGUGUCUGGGGAGCUGGACUUCAAGAAGUACCCAAUAGGCUCCAUGCUGUCCCUGAUGCCUUAUCAUGCAUGUGCCACUGCCAUGAUGCACCCUGUGUAUUACGUCCACUCUGAGGGAAAGAUAGUGGGCACCUGGACUCCUACACGAGGCUGGUGAGGCUGCUGGAGGCAGUGGAAUUGUUGUAUUAGAAUUUUGUCAUGUGAGUCGUUAUGAUCAGUUGGUAAGCAAGUAAUUGAGCUGUUCUCAGAUGUACUCAAGUAGAUAUCACCAGCAUUUACAGUGUAAAAUGUAAUAAUGACAUUACACCGCAAGAAAUGUACAAAUGUACAAACUGAAUGUAUAGAAAUCACAUUUUAAUAAAAAACAAUAUUUUGUGUGAAAAUUGUUUGGGUCACUCU